GUACGAUUUAAAAAAGAACUGAGGAGGUCAGCAUCAAAUAAAAAAAGCAGAAGAAAAGAGAUUCAGUUUGAAAAAUUUCCCCACGCAACCAAGGUAAAAGAACAUCAUUUCCUGGGUUUAUCUGGGGUUUUCCAUUGAAGCUCUAAGAAACACGAAAAUGGCGGCGACACUUUCAGCAGCACCAAACAACAACGCCGCAGCAGCGGUGGUUGAAUGGCAUCAACGACCUCCCAAUCCCAAAAACCCCAUCGUCUUCUUCGACAUUACCAUUGGUUCUAUUCCUGCUGGUCGAAUCAAAAUGGAGCUUUUCGCUGACAUCUGCCCUAAAACCGCCGAGAAUUUUAGGCAGUUUUGUACCGGCGAAUACAGGAAAAAUGGAUUGCCUGUUGGUUAUAAGGGAUGUCAGUUCCACAGAGUGAUUAAGGAUUUUAUGAUUCAAGCUGGUGAUUUUCCUAAGGGUGAUGGCAGUGGAUGUGUCUCUAUAUAUGGGACUAAGUUUGAGGAUGAAAAUUUCAUUGCAAAACACACUGGCCCUGGUUUGUUGUCAAUGGCUAAUAGUGGACCAAAUACUAAUGGAUGCCAGUUCUUCGUGACCUGCGCAAAAUGUGAUUGGCUUGACAAUAAGCAUGUGGUUUUUGGGAGAGUGCUAGGAGAUGGUCUUUUGGUUGUCAGGAAAAUUGAGAAUGUUGCCACUGGACCAAACAACCGUCCUAAACUUCCAUGUGCUAUCGCUGAAUGUGGAGAAAUGUAGAGCAUUGGAGUUAUAUGCUGGCUAUUGUAAUCUGCUGACCUGGAUACUUAUUUUAUAUAAGAGGAAAAACCACCCAAGUUGACGAUAUUUAGGAUCCAUGAACAUGGGAAUAUCAACAUCACCCUUGCAAGCUUUGAUUUUCUGUCAGGAUUAGGGUCACUUUGGCAUUGAGUAUAAACUUUUUGCUAAUCUUUGAUGUAAAACGUUACUUCCCAGGACAUUAGAUAUAAUUACUGGCCUGCAUAAGAAAUAAUGCUAGAAGUUAUGUUAUGUAGUUCUCACUAUCUUGCAGAAAGAGAAAAGCAAUAUGAGCUUGUAUGUCUUCCAAUAUGAGUUAUGUGAACUUUUUGUAGUUCGCUUCA